AUGUCAUCAGACUCGAAAGAUCAAAGGAAAACAUAUUUCUUGCGAGUUGCAAGCUACCUACUUGGAUUGAACAUUGUGGAGGAGAAGCUGAAAAGCACAGAACCACUUGAGAUAUUUCUGGAUUCCAACACAAAUUUAUUGGUGUUCUCUAGAUCUGAACAGAAACUGGAGCUCUCGAACAAAAUGAAAUCAUCUGCUCCGUCAGCCAACGUCUUUCGUGUUGUAUUCUACAAAACUCAGUCUGUCCCUUUAAAUAAUGAUAAUUUCAAAAGUGUCGUCAAUGUGAUAUCAGCAAAUGGAACCCUGAAUCACGUUUUCUUGAAAUCCGUCCAAAAUGUAUUUGGAAAAGAAUUGACAGAAGGGAACAACAUGCAAUUAAUUGCAGCAGUCAAUGAACUAGAAGAGAGUUUAUUGGCUACUGUAGAGAUGAGUGGAGGUGGUUCAUUGCAUGAUGAGAUCAGAAGUUGGAAAGGACAAACAGGAAAACCUGCAAAUGAUUAUAAUGAAGCAUUCAAACAACUACAACUUUUAGUCGAAACAAUGGAAGAAAGAAGUAUUGAUGAACUCUCAGAACUUGUUGAAUGUUUUGAAGAUACUUGUGAUGAAUUAUGGAAUUGUGGAACACCAUAUCCACAAAAUCGAAUGAAAAUGUUGAUUGAAUACGGAGCCUCGUAUCUCUGUGAGACAAUUACAUUCAAAAUUGAUGACUCAGCCAUUUGGAGAAAUGAUAAAGUUGCUGAUCAGUUGAGAUCAGCUAUUGAUGUCUGUGAUCAAAUGUUGAUUAUCGUGAGAUUGUUAACUGCUCAGACUUGGAAAAGAAAUGUUGAACACACUUGGGAAGGUGAUGCAAUGGAAAUGAAGUUUCUCAAUGGAUUUAAAGACCGGCUUGAUGAAAUUCUUUCCUUGAAAUCACUUGGUGGACAGCUUGAAGAACUUCUGGAAGAAAGAGGUGUUCGAGAAGAAACUGAAAAAACUAUUGAAACAGCUAUGAGAGGAAUGGCUCCCUUGGCUUAUAAUCCAUUUACGGAACCAAAUUGGAAAUCCCGACUUCUUGUUUCUGAAAGAUCAAUUGAAGGCACUAUUGACAGAACUCUGCCCAUUCUAAAACAAAGAUUGGCACCAGCUAAUGGAGAUUCUCAAAGUAUAGUUCUAAGCCUUGAAAAGCUCAAAAGUUUCCUGUGUCGAUCGAAUAUUAAGGAAAAACUCCAGCAUGAGCGAGAGAUGUUUUUAAACCGUUUGGUAUCCAUGCUUUCACAGAAAAAUCAGGAAUUCAAUGAAAAAUCCUUACAAGUCGAUGCAAAGAAUUUUCAAUUUUUGACUGAAGUUGCAGCUAGAAUUGUUUGGAUUCGGCAACAAACUAGCCAGAUGGAAAGCAUUCGAUCUUUGAGCAAAAUGAUGCUCAAUAAUAUAUCCAACUAUUCAGCUUUUGCUUCCAAAUUGGACGAAUUUAUUGAAAAGUUGCAAUACGCCGAAAAAGAAUGUUUUGAUGAUUGGUGUCGUGAGACUGUCGGCUUGAUUGAUAAUAAGAAUGAAACAAUAAACUUGGAGACAACUGGAAAGAUUAUGUAUUUAGAAGCAUCGAAUAGAGAAUUGAAUGUUAAUUAUUCGGAUCGAUUACUCAGAUUAUUGAAGGAAGUGAGACAAUUGAUCAGUUUGGGUUUUAAUAUUCCAUCGAAAAUUAUGUCAUGCGCAAAUAAUGGGGAGAAGUAUUAUCGAUUUGGAGUAAUUCUGAAACAAAUUGCACAUUUCUAUAAUACAAUUGAUCAACAGAUGAUUCCAUCUCAGCAGUCCCUAAUGCUCGAAGAAGCUAUCGCUUUUGAAAAACUUGUGAUCCCACGAAAAGAUGCUUCAAAUAGUGCUUCAAAAGUAACAUGGAAUGAUCCAAAACAAUUGGAAGAGUUUAUAGUUCAACUACAAUCCGCUGAACAAAAACUAUCAAAUCGGAACAGAAGACUCCGUAAUGUCCAUAUGGAAUUGAUUGAAAUGGUUGAAAAAUUAAUGGAUUUGAAUAUUGUAAAACAGAAUAAUGAAUGGAAGGAAAUUAUUUUGAAGAUACGAUCCAAAAUGAAAGAAGAAGAAAUUGUGCAUGGAGCCGUGAAGAAUAAUAUGAAACCUUGGCUUAUUCACUGGGAUUUUCAACUUUAUAAGGCUCUUUUAAUCCAAUAUGAGUGGGGAAUCGAAAGCAUUCAGUCACAACUAUCCACUAUUUCGGUCAGCUUGGUUUUUGCAGAUCAAAAAAUCCAGCUUCGUCCGACGAUUGAAGAAAUUCGUUCAAAAUACUACAAGGAACUUUGCAGAUUUUUACGAAUUCCUGACAAAUUCCGUGGAGUUCAGGAAGAUGAAAAUUCAACAAAGUUUUACGCUCAAAUGAUUGAAAGAAGUAUGCAUUUGCUUCCAACAGUAUACGAAAAAGCAGAACAAUUGAUGAUGAAAGUGGAGACUUGUGAUGCUAUUUUUGUGGAUUGGUUAGUGAUAUCUCAAGUGGAUUUGGAAGAACUUAUUGAAGAAAAUCUAAAAACAGCAGCCGACUGGGAAUCACAAUUUAAGAUUUUGAAGGGUAAAGCACGUGAGGCUGAGAGGUUACCACAUGAACUGAAAUUUGAGUGUAUUCUUGUGAGUACCGCUGGUGUUAAAUCUGCGAUUGAGGAUGCAAUACAACGACUUUAUGAUGCCCUUUCAUGGACACUCAGGCAUUCAAUAUCUACAACGUCACAAUCAAUAAGUACAUUUUUAAGUCAAGCAAUUGAAGUACUGAAUACAGUACCACAAUCAAUUGAUGAAAUCGCUGAGGCUAAUGCAAAACAUGUGAUCUUUGCUGAAAAUAAUCGUCGAUUGAAAGAAGAAUGGAAAGUAAUGGAGGAACAGUUAACACUUCUAAGAUCAGUUGCUGGAACAGGAAUGGAACAAAUUGAUAAUUUGGAACAGACAUGGGACAGAUUUGAGUUAAUGUUGGAUGGGCAUCAAUCAAUGAUAAAAGAUCAAGUUGAAGUACUAAAGAGUAAUGUAGAAACUUCUGUGAAGGGAAUGAAAGAUGAAGCUGAAAAGUUGAAGGCAAGAUGGGAACAGUUUAAGCCAAGAAAUGAUGCAUUACAAGGCGAUCGAGAGGAAAUGUUGAAGGCUAUUCAAUUUAUUAAAGAGAAAAGAGUUCAAUGGCAACAGCUCAGUGAUGGGAGAGAGAAAAUUGAAAAAGAGUGCGGCCAAUUUGGGCUUGAACCUCCAAAAAUGGACAUAAUCGAUGAAAUAGAUGAGGAUAUCAAGCAGUUUGAAGAUAAUUGGCUUAUUUAUGAAAUGUUCAACAAUGAGUUGGAUACAAUGUCACAAGAAGAAUGGAUUGUAUUCCGAAGUAAAACUUACCUUUUCGAUGAAUUCUUACAAAAAUGGAUGGAAAAGCUCAAAGGAACGGGAUCACAGACACAUAUGAGUGUUCGAUUAAUGAAGGAUGUUGAGCAUUUUAAAGAAGUUAGCAGUGCUCUUAAAUUCUGUAGAGGAGAUGUUCUCAGUGCUGAUCAUUGGCAUGAAAUGUUCCGGUUCUUGGGGUUGCCGAGAGGAACCACAAUUGAAAAGUUGAAAUUCGCGGAUCUUUUGUCAGUUUCCAAGAAUAUUAUUGAAAAUACGGAUCAAUUGAAGCAGCUGAACUCUCGUGCUCAAGGAGAAGUUGCGAUUCGAGAUGCAAUACAAGAGUUGACAUUAUGGGCGGCACAAACUGAAUUUACUUUGGCAGACUAUAAGCAUUCAAAUGGGCAAAAUUUGAAAAUUAUUAAAGAAUGGAAGGAAUCCAUCAACUCGUUAAAAGACAGUCAAGCUUUGCUUCAAUCAUUAAAAUCGUCUCCAUAUUAUUCCCAAUUCACUGAUAAAACUGCCGUUUGGGAGACCCGUCUCGCGGAUUUGGACGUAUUUUUGGCACAAAUGAACGAGAUUCAAAGGAAGUGGAUCUACUUAGAACCCAUUUUUGGACGAGGAGCACUUCCAUCAGAAGCUUCCCGAUUUUCGAGAGUUGACUCCGAAUAUCGUGCUAUUUUAAAUGAUGUCUCAAAAGAUGCUCGCCUUGUUUCACUCUGUAGCAGACAAUCUCUCAAAAAAUCAUUGGAACAGAUUGUAGAUCAACUUAACAGGUGCCAGAAAGCAUUGAAUCAGUUUUUAGAACAAAAGCGAACAGCGUUCCCUCGAUUUUAUUUCAUUGGAGAUGACGAUCUUCUUGAGAUUCUUGGACAAUCUACAAAUCCACAAGUAAUUCAAACUCAUAUGAAAAAGUUGUUUCAAGGAAUCAACCGAGUUCAAUUUUCAUCAACUGGCGAGACAAUUAUCUCAAUGGUUUCAUCUGAAGGUGAAACUGUUCCUCUUUCAAAAGCCGUUCGAAUCGUUCCACAAGUUGAAUCUUGGCUUCAAGAGUUGUCUGAUGAGAUGAGAAGAACUUUGAAAGAUUUGACAGCUCAAGCAGUAGCAGAUGCUCAGCCAUCUCUUGCAAAGUAUCCAUCACAAGUUUUGUGUUUAGCAGAGGAAGUCAAGUUCAGUGCCAGUAUUGAAAAUAAUUUGAAUGGCUCAUCGGACUUGAACUCUUUCAAAUCCCAACUUCUUGAAAAGCUAAAAGCAUAUACAAACAUGAAAGUGGAUGAUAAAGUAUCUGAUUUGAAGCUGAAAUCUCUUAUUCUGGAUCUUAUUCAUCAUAUUGAUGUCGUAGAUCAAUUACUCACAAAUCAGGCAAAAUCAAUCAAUAGUUGGACAUGGCAAAGACAGCUUCGAUUCUAUUUAGUUAAUGGCGGAAUUGUGUUGAGACAAGUUUCCAGUGAAUUUGAAUACACUUAUGAAUAUCAGGGAAAUUAUGCCAAACUGGUACAUACUCCAUUGACAGAUAAAUGUUAUUUAACUUUAACGCAGGCAAUGUACAUGGGCCUUGGAGGAAAUCCAUAUGGGCCCGCCGGUACUGGAAAGACCGAAUCCGUGAAAGCAUUGGCUGCAUUAAUGGGAAGACAAGUGUUGGUAUUUAAUUGUGAUGAAGGAAUUGAUGUUACCUCAAUGGGAAGAAUAUUCACGGGAAUUGUUGAAUGUGGUGCAUGGGGAUGUUUUGAUGAAUUUAAUCGCUUGGAUUCGACUGUCCUGUCCGCCGUUUCAAUGCAAAUUCAAACAAUCCAAGGAGCCAUAAAAUCACGUGCAGGAUCAUGCACAUUUGGCGGAAAAAAUGUGCAAGUUAACCCAAAUAGUGCAAUAUUUGUAACUCUUAACCCAGCUGGAAAGGGUUACGGUGGCCGACAAAAGAUGCCUGACAAUUUGAAACAACUGUUCAGAGCUGUAGUUAUGGGAAAACCUGAUAAUGAAUUGAUUUCUUCAACGAUUCUUUACUCUGAAGGAUUUGUGGAUGCAACAGCUUUGGCAAGAAAAAUUGUUUCAGUAUUCCAACUUUCCCGCCAAAUGCUCUCAAAACAACAACAUUAUGAUUGGGGUCUUCGUGCUCUGAAAGUGGUACUUGGUGGAUGUGGAGCACUGAGAAGAACUCAAACUAACAAGAACGAGACGGAUUUGGUGGUUCAAGCUCUUUUGUUGAAUACACUUUCAAAGCUGACGUUCUCAGAUUCUGAACGAUUUAAUUCACUUAUUGAUGACAUUUUCUCAAAUGUUACAAAGGAAAUGACAAAGUUUGAAGAACUUGUGGAACCACUGGGUGUAGCUGCACAAGAGAUGGGAAUUAAAUUAGGAGACAAACAAAUGGAAAAGGUAUUUCAGUUGUAUGAACAAAUGCGUCAACGAAUUGGUGUUGUGGUUGUUGGAGCAGCGGGAAGUGGGAAAUCAACAAUUUGGAAAAUUCUUCAAAGAUCUCUAAUUUUGACUAAAAAACCUCUGAAAGUGACCCAAUUUAAUCCAAAAGCAGUGAAUAGAAGCAAGUUACUGGGGAAUAUGGAUAUGGAUACACGUGAAUGGUCUGAUGGUAUUAUAACAAUGGCUGCAAGAGAAGUAACAAAAGAUACAAGUGUACAUCAUUGGAUUGUAUGUGAUGGAGAUAUUGAUCCUGAAUGGGUUGAAGCUCUUAAUUCAGUUCUUGAUGAUAAUCGAUUGUUAACAAUGCCAUCGGGAGAAAGAAUUCAAUUUGGUUCCAAUGUUAAUUUCCUUUUUGAAACUGAUUCUUUACAAUUUGCAUCACCAGCAACAGUAUCACGAAUGGGAAUGAUUUAUAUCAGCGAAGAAGAUGUAACUCCAAAAGAUAUAGUCGCCAGUUGGUUGGUCAAAACAACAGAAGAUCUUCAUGCAGAUAUGCCAUCUUGGAUAGAAGAACAUUUUUGGAGAUGCUUAAAAUGGGUCAGAUCACAUAAAAUUUCUGGAAUCACUAGUUUUGCUAUCCUUAAAAAUGGGUUAACUCAUCUGAAAGCUAGCAAGACAAAAACCCAAUUCCUAGUACUUCUGUUCAAUGGAUUCUUGCCUACCGUUACACCAGAAAAUCGACAAGAAUUUGCGAAAGGUGUUGUAUUUCAAGGAAUGUCUGUUCCCGAUCCGAAAAAUAUAUGUUACGAUGAAAGAAUCGAUGGAAUUAUGUCAUAUACAGAUGAUGUUUCACAAAAUGUCACGAAAGAAGAAGUGGAGAGGGAAGAUCUGAGACCAUUUGUACAGACUGCCGAUACUCAAAGAUAUUCAGAUAUUAUUGGUUCAUGGCUUCAAUCGGGAAAUCGUGAAAGUUUCCUGAUAACGGGAACAACUGGAUGUGGAAAACAACAGCUUCUGAAGCAUUGCUUCCAGAAUGACCCAGAAAGCCAGUUAGCAAGCCUAUAUUGCUCUGCUCAAUCAAGUUCCUCUCAUUUGCUUCAAUUAAUUCAACAGAACUGUGUACAAGCAAGUAAUCCAACCGGAAGGGUUUGGAGACCAAAGGAUCGCCCAAAUAUGAUAUUGUUCUUGAAAGGAAUUAAUCUACCUGCACCAGAUAAGUACGGAACAAAUGAACUGCUUGCCUUGCUUCAACAACUUCUAACCUAUCAAGGAUUCUUUGAUCAUAAUCUUGAAUGGGUUUCCAUAGAGAACAUCCAAUUUGUUGGAUCCAUGAACCCAAUAGGUGAUGGUGCAGCAGUAUCAAUAUCCAAUCGAUUAUUUUCACUUCUUCGAUGUGUUUCAUUGAAUACAACUGAUUCUUCUCAACUGACAUCAAUCUAUCGCACAUACUUGACACCAAUUCUUGAAGAAGUUGGAGAACGAAAUUCGGAAAUAAUAGCAAACAGAAUGGUUGAUAUUUACAACAAAGUUCAAUCCAAUUUUCGUCCAACUGAUAGUGUUGUGUUUUUAUUUUCACCUCGAGAUCUCACCAAUUGGGUUGUUUCUCUUCUACGACACGAGCUUGAUCAAGGAAAGUUGGAAGCUGUCAUUUGUUUCGAAGCUCGACGAAUUUUCGCAGAUAGACUCCCGACGGAAAAUGAUAAACUUAAAUUUGAAGAGAUUCUGAGAAAUGUUAUACCAAUUUCACAGGCGAAUGAAACGGUAAUUUUUAAAGAAAAGGUGUAUGUCACGACUGGAACAGUAGUCCCUGGUGAGAGCAAUACAGGACUUCCUCUCACACCAAUUAACAUGUCAGAUUUCAAUCAGUUGCUUGCGAAAUCCAUUAAUCGAUUUGCUUUUGAAAUUGCCAACUUUAAUUGUCCUCUGACAAGUCAGCUUGCAUUCUUCUGUGCCUGUAUCGAUAGAGUCUUGACGGGGCCUGGAGGACAUCUAUUCUUACCUGGAAGACCUGGAUUUGGAAGAAGAGAUUCUGUCAGAUUAGUGGCUCAUAUGCACAAUAUUCAGGUGUUCUCCCCGCCUGUCACAGCCAAUUUUUCAGCGAAACAGUUUGAUAAUGAGUUGAAAAAUGCAAUAACCCAAGCAGUCACAAACAAUGAACACGUAGUUCUAAUUCUUGAAGAUCAUCAAUUACGGAAAAAUAUAUUCCUUCAAGCAAUAAAUUCCCUACUUGCAAGUGGAAAUGUACCUGGACUGUUCACUCAACAAGAGCUUGAUGGCCUAGUUGCACUUGUAUCGGAAGCAGCCAAUCAGGCUUCGUUCACAGGAGCACUUCAACAGUUUUUGGCUCAUCGAAUUCGAAGCUUGGUUCAUGUGGUUCUUAUUCUUGAAGUUGAAGCCAAUGAUUUCAAAAUCAAUAUCACAGAAAAUCCUGCCAUUUUAAAGCAUUGCAACGUCAUUUUUGCGGAUAGAUUUGACAGAAAUAGUCUUGUAGAGAUUCCAAAAAUCCAAAUGGAAAGUCAAGGAAUCACAACAACUGAUGCAAUACUUACUGGAUUUAACGAUGUCCUUGUCAAUUUACCUGAACAUUUAUCAAUUCAACCAAUCAAAUAUCGGCAGUUCGUUGAAAAUUUCUUUCAACUGCUUGGGUACAAAAGAUUAACUCUUUCUGUUAGAUUGGAGAGGCUUAAGGGUGGUGUUUCAAAAUUGAACGAAGCUCGAGAUGAAGUUGCAAAAAUGCAGAAAAAAGCUGGAAAGAAAAGUAAAUUAUUAGCUGAAAAACAAGCAGAAGCUGAUGAAGCAUUGAAGGCAAUCACAGAGAGUAUGAGCGGAGCAGAAGAUCAAAAGUUAUCAAUGGAGCAAUUGAAAGCAGCAACUGAAAAGGAAAAUGUUAGAAUUGAGGAACAGAAGGCAAAAAUCGAUGAGCAGCUCAAAGAAGUUCAGCCCCUAAUUGAUGAAGCUCGACGAGCCGUUGGUUCUAUAAAAUCCGAGUCGUUGAGUGAAAUUCGAAGUCUUCGUGCUCCACCAGAAGCCGUCCGUGAUAUUCUUCAAGCUGUCCUGUUGUUUAUGGGAAUUCUUGAUACUUCUUGGGAAGCAAUGAGAAAAUUUCUUUCAAAAAGUGGAGUGAAGGAUGAUAUAAUGAAUUUUGAUGCAAAUCGGAUAACUAACGAAAUUCACAAAAAAGUUACAGCACUGGUUAAGCAGAAAUCAAAUUCUUUCGAAGAAGCAAAUGCAAAACGAGCUUCAGCGGCAGCUGCACCACUGGCUGCUUGGGUGAAGGCUAAUCUGGAAUAUUCGAAAAUUUUAGAGAAAAUUGCACCAUUGGAAGGAGAAAAAAAUAAACUUGUUAAAAAUCUCAAAAAAGCGGAAAAACAAAUGGAAAAUUUAUCCAAAGGUUUGCAAAGCGUUGACGAAGUUGUCGGGGAGUUGAAACGAAAAUUCGAAGUUUUGAUGAAAGAAGCAACACAGAUUAAAGUUGAUUUGGAUAGAGAACAAGAUACAAUUCGAAUUGCUGGAACACUUGUUGAAAGUCUAUCAGGAGAGUUCGAGAGAUGGAAAAUACAAAUCGAAACUUUCGGAGAGGAACAAUCAAAGAUGGAACUGUGCUCUCUAAUAACAUCAGCUUUUAUAACUUAUCUGGGAGGUUGUAGUGAGAAAGAUAGAAAGUCUCUGCUAAAAUCAAUGUGUAAAAUGUUCAAUAUGCCUCCAACCUUUAAACCAUUGUCCUUUGCAUCACUAGAGACUGAGCAGUUAAAUUGGAAAACUAAAGGAUUGCCAGCUGACCAAUUGUCUCUUGAAAACGGAUCUAUAUUGUUUACAAGUUGUCAUGCACCUUUAAUCAUUGAUCGAUCUGGACAAGUUUCCUUGUUUUUAUCAAAGUUUUUGGAAAAAUCGGAGACCUUCAAAGCAGCUCAACCGGAUUUAAUGACCCAGAUCGAGUUGGCGAUUCGAUUUGGAAAAACUAUAAUUAUAGAUGAUAUUGUUGAAUUUGACUCUGCUCUAAUACCAAUUCUAAGAAAAGAUUUAUCAUCUCAAGGACCUCGGCAAGUGAUAAGUUUUGGUGGAAAGUCGAUAGAUUUCAAUCCGGAUUUCAAAAUCUAUUUCUGUACAAGAGAUGAGAAAGUUGAUAUACGACCAAAUUCAUAUGUUCAGUUGAAUAUUGUCAAUUUUACAACUACAAUCAGUGCAUUAUCAGCUCAACUUCUUGAUGUUGCAAUUCAUUUGGAAAAACCAGAGCUUGAAGAACGAUCAAGUAGUCUUUUAAGAGAUGCUGAAUUGAAAAAAUUGGAGUUAGAAGGAUUGGAACAAUUGUUACUCCAACAAUUGGCUUCAUCACAAGGAAAUUUGUUAGAGAACACAGCACUGCUUGAUUCAUUGAAUAAAUCAAAAGAAAGUGCAGAGAUUAUAACCAAGAGUAUUGUUGAAAGUGAGCAACUGCACAAGGAGUUGACUACGCAAAAGGACAUCUACGUACCAUUGAGUUUAUUCACUUCGAGUUUAUUCUUCUCGUUUUCCAAUCUUCAAUUCCACAAUCCAAUGUACAAUUAUAGUGUGAACACUAUAAUGCACUUGUUCGGAAAGACAAUUAAAUCUUGUGAGGACAAAAGUUCAACUCGUGUGGAAACCCUAGCCCGUCAAAUGCAAUUAACUGUUUUCUAUCACAUUUCCCGUGGAAUAUUCCGUCAAGAUCGUCUCAUGUUUGCCGUUGCAUUCAUUAAUGCUACAAUGCCAAAAAUGUUUCAACCAAAAGAAUGGGAACUAUUCACAGGUGUUCUUGUGGAUGAAUCAACUGAUUUGAGCGCACUUCGUGUCCAAUGGAUCUCUCCAGAUCGUCUUCAAUCUCUUGCCAGAAUACGAACUCAUUUACCCAGUUUAUUCAAUAAUUUUCAAAUUCAAGAUGAUGCCACGUGGAAUGAAUUCUCGAAAACUUUACAAUGCGAGAAUGCAUUUCCCAAGAAUGUUGAACUCAAAAUGACUCAUUUUCAAAAAGUUUUGUUCAUUCAGGCGGUGAAGCCCGAAAGAUUAUAUAACUGCUUGAUGGAUUUUGUUCUUAAAACACUUAACAUUCCCUCCAUCAAUCCUCCCGCCUUUGAGCUUAAACAUAUAUUCCAAGAAAGUGAAUCAACUGAACCUAUUCUGUUCAUUCUUGCCGAUGGAGCAGAUCCAUCACAAGAACUUUCUGAAUUUGCAAGUUCAAUGAAUGUACCGUACCACUCAAUUUCAAUGGGUCAAGGUCAAGAAAUUGCUGCAUACGAGGCAAUCCGGGAGUCUGCAUCAAAAGGAGAAUGGCUAUGUUUGAAUAAUUUACAUUUAAUGCUUCAAGCUGUUCCAUCUAUUUUCAAGCAUCUGUCCCUCACAACUCCUCACGAGAACUUCCGUCUAUGGCUCACCACAGAAGGAGAUGCUCGGUUCCCAUCAAUGAUGCUCCAGCAAUCCCUUAAAAUUACUUUUGAACCUCCACCAGGUGUUCGAAAUAAUCUUCUUCGGACCUAUACACAAAUCGAUAGAUCUACUAAAAAUGUGAUUACUUGCCAAUCAAUAUUCGUGUUGGCAUGGCUUCAUGCAUUACUUCAGGAGAGAAGAACAUUCAUCCCUCAAGGAUGGACUAAAUUUUAUGAGUUUGGAGCCAGUGACGUCAGAGUUGCCAAGUCAUUUGUCGAACAGUUGACUGCAAACAAGGCUGAUUGGGAAUUUGUGAGAGGAAUUCUUAAAUUUGUAAUAUACGGAGGUCGUAUCGAAAAUGAUUUUGAUUUUAAAGUAUUGGAUUCAUAUUUGAAUGUUCUCUUUUGUGAUGAAAAAAUUAAUGGAAGAGCUGGAUCACAAUUGGUGAAAGGGAUUGAUUUAUUGGCUACUACUAAUGUUCAGGAAUAUAUUGGCCACAUUUCUAAAUCAGUUCCAUCAGUUGAUGAGCCUUAUCUGUUUGGACUACCGGAAAAUAUUAAAUAUUCGUGGCAAAUUGUUGAAGCUGAUCGAACAAUUUCAUCUAUUCGAACUCUUGCACUCGGUGAUACAAAGAACGCCUUGUCCGACCAAUCAGAUAAAAUUUCACAAAUAGUGUCGCUUUGGAAGAAGCUCUGCCAAUCUGAUGAUCUACCAAAAAGAGAACUUCCGACAGCAAUCCGAUCUGCUGAUCCGAUUUCCGAAGUCCUUUGUCUGGAAACUAUAAACGCUCUUUCUCUUAUAAAACAACUUCAUCGAAGCAUUGGUCACGUGGCAAAAUCGAUGAAAACCCCUUCGUUGGCUUCUCCAGCCGUUCAGAAAACUAUUCAAUCACUUGUAUUUCAACAGACACCUGAUGAAUGGGAUAGCAUGUGGGCGGGACCAAGUGAUCCUGCAGAUUAUUUAAAUGUUGUUGUUAAGAAGACACGUGGAACAUUGCAGCUGUUCGAAUCGUCAAAAUCAUCUUCUCUGCUCUCAUCCCCAAUUGAUUUUUCGGACUUGUUCUAUCCAAACAUCUUUUUAAAUGCACUCCGUCAAACAACAUCUCGUCAAAUAAAAAUUCCAUUAGAUCAACUGAUCUUAUCAUCAGCAUGGACUCCUUCUCAACUACCAGCUAAACAAUGUGUUCAAGUUCAAGGGCUCUUGCUUCAAGGAGCAACGUUUGAUUCAUUUCUUCGUGAAACUACAGUAUCCAGUGCUGCUUAUUCUCAAGCUCCUAUAGUUUUUCUUGCAUGGACAUCUGAAAGUUCUUCAACGAUUACUGGAGAGCAGAUUCAGGUACCAGUGUAUAGUUCAAGUGAACGAUCUGAUUUGAUAUGCUCGGUUAAUAUGCCAUGUCGUGGAGCCGAUCAAUGGAAUAUUGCAGCUGUUGCAUUGUUUUUGAGAUGAUUUUAAUUUUUUAACCGUGAUAAAGUUUUAAUAAAUAUUAUUUGGAGAUUGA